GUGCCCAGCCCGCUCUCUGCAGCGCGGCGAUUCCGGCGCUCCUCUCCGCGCAGACCAGCGAGGCGGCGGUCACUUCUCAGCCUUCCCGAGUCGCGGGUCCCCGACGCGCUCCAGCCGCUCGCCCACCACCGCCCCCUCCGCGCGGCCCUUGCGCUGCCCCAGUUGACCUCUUCAGAAUGAUUCCCUGCAGAGCAGCGUUGUCUUUUGCCCGACGUCUGGUCCGGAGAAAAAUCGUCGUUCUGGACAGUUUAGAAGAUUCCAAAUUAAGCCGUUGCUUAUCCACCGUGGACCUCAUUGCUCUGGGUGUUGGAAGCACCCUUGGUGCUGGGGUUUAUGUCCUUGCUGGGGAGGUCGCCAAAGCCGAUUCUGGCCCCAGCAUCGUCCUUUCCUUCCUCAUUGCGUCCAUUGCUUCCGUGAUGGCAGGCCUUUGCUAUGCUGAGUUUGGGGCCCGAGUUCCCAAGACUGGGUCUGCGUACUUGUACACUUACGUCACUGUUGGAGAGCUAUGGGCCUUCAUCACUGGCUGGAAUCUCAUUUUAUCUUACGUAAUAGGUACGUCAAGUGUUGCAAGAGCAUGGAGUGGCACCUUUGAUGAACUUCUUAACAAACAGAUUGGUCAGUUUUUCAGGACGUACUUCAAUAUAAAUUAUACCGGCCUUGCAGAGUAUCCAGACUUUUUUGCUGUGUGCCUUAUAUUACUUCUAGCAGGUAAGAAAAACCAUUACACUUCUCCCUAUGAUGAGCUGUCACAGCCUACUGAGGAUGUAGUUUCAGAAAGAUCACCAGAAGAAGCGGUUUCAUGUGAAAAUGACGUUCUGACAUUUGUUCUCCUCCUUAGAGAGCCGCCUUCUGAAAAUGGAACAAGUAUCUAUGGGGCUGGUGGCUUCAUGCCAUAUGGCUUUGCGGGAACUUUGGCUGGGGCUGCAACCUGCUUUUAUGCCUUUGUGGGAUUUGACUGUAUUGCAACAACCGGUGAAGAAGUCCGGAAUCCUCAAAAAGCUAUUCCUAUUGGAAUAGUGACUUCUUUGCUUGUUUGCUUUAUGGCCUAUUUUGGGGUCUCUGCAGCUUUGACACUUAUGAUGCCAUACUACCUCCUCGAUGAAAAAAGCCCCCUUCCAGUAGCAUUCGAAUAUGUUGGUUGGGGACCUGCCAAAUAUGUCGUGGCAGCAGGCUCCCUCUGUGCUUUGUCAGCAAGUCUUCUUGGAUGCAUUUUCCCAAUGCCUCGUGUAAUCUAUGCUAUGGCCGAGGAUGGGUUGCUUUUCAAAUGUCUAGGUCAAAUCAAUUCCAAAACGAAGACACCAAUAAUUGCUACUUUAUCAUCGGGUGCGGUGGCAGGUGAGAGAGUUUACUUUUAUUAAGAAAAUUGGGGAUCUUUUCUCAUCAAGGAGUCUGAAAGAAAAUAUGGAAAAGUUAGGUGGUUUUCUGUUUGGAUUUGCAUUGACGGUCAAUAACUUUUUUGGUGAAUGUUUCCUAUUUUGAAUUGUUUGGGGCAU